GGGUUGAAGAAAUGUAACUACUGGGUCGUUCCAUUUGAAUUCGAUCUCAUUUUAGAAUGCAACACUUUUGAUUUGAACAAAACAUUCCAUACAUGUUUGCACAUGGUAGAAAUGAUCAGAAAGUGACUUUUUGGAUCUGAAUGCCAGAACAUUCAGGAGAGAGGUCCUCAAAGUUGACCCAUUUUGCAUACCCCACCCUACCACGAGACAUCCAUGUCUUCACCACUGAAAAAGUUAAACGGUUGAGUUUGACAUCGGUUGAAAGCUUACAAACAGCCUGAACCUGACUUGCUAUGGAUCAACACCAGGACUAUAUGAACAACGCCCCUAACACCUACAGCUACAACUCCGGGGACACCAUGAGCGCUUCCUUAGCCGGCAUGACCAUCAACGACCUGCAUCACCAGGAGAAUGGGGUCCAGCUGGGGCACAGGAGCCCAGGGGAAGGCCCCAUGAAAGUGGAGCCUGAGGAAGCCACACUAGAGGACAGAGCGGCUGAACCACAGUCUGAGCUCUCUGAACUGGAGAGCAACACCUGUGAUGAGGAGGUGCAACUUAGCGCCUCUGGUGAGGAGGAGGUGCAACCUGCCAGACCAAAGCACAGGUUGACUGAACCACAGUCUGAGAUUUCUGAACUGGAGAGCAUCUGUGAUGAGGAGGUGCACCUUUGCACCUUUGGGGAGGAGGUGCAACUUGCAACUGGAGGAACAGCCUCAACAGCUCAAGCAAAGAUUGAAAACGACAAUGCUGAUAAGAAGACAACCAAAACUGCCACCAAAGCUAGACCCACAUCUGGCCUUAAAAGACCUUCCCCAGUCAACAGAACCAGAAAUGGGCCCACCUCAUUACCCACUAGAGCCAGCAGUGUAGGGGCCAGGCAGUCCCGUACUUUGGGUGGUGCUAGGCCACAGGCCCCCGGAACCAAGAUUCCCGCCAAAACCCCAGCUCCAGCAAUCGGCAAGAACAAAGACAACACCAGUGGACAGAGCAGCCCUGGUACUCCCAAGUCUCCCUCCAGCAAGACUCUUCCUGGAAAGCCCUUGGCUGUGGCCACAAACCAGGUGAAAAAGGUUGCGGUGGUGCGCACCCCACCCAAGUCUCCUGGCUCUCUCAAGAGCCGCGCCCCUGCACCCCUCACCGCAGCGGCACCCUUGCCGGACCUGAAGAACGUCAGGUCCAAAAUCGGCUCCACAGACAACAUCAAGCACCAGCCUGGAGGAGGAAGGGUACAAAUAAUUGAAAAGAAGAUCGACUUAAGCAAUGUGCAGUCUAAGUGUGGCUCCAAAGACAAUAUCAAACAUACACCCGGAGGUGGCAAUGUCCAAAUCCUCGAGAAGAAGUUGGACGUAAGCAAUGUCCAGGCUCGUUGUGGAUCCAAAGCCAACCUGAAUCACACUCCUGGAGGAGGCAGGGUACAAAUACUAGAAAAGAAGGUGGACGUAAGCAAUGUCCAGUCUCGCUGUGGCUCCAAAGAUAAUAUCAAACAUACACCCGGAGGAGGCAAUGUUCAAAUAGUCCACAAAAAGAUUGACCUGAGCAAUGUUAAAUCAAAAUGUGGUUCUACAGCCAACAUCCACCACAAGCCAGGUGGUGGGAAUGUUGAGAUCAAAUCUGAGAAAUUGGAUUUCAAGGUCCAAUCAAAGAUCGGCUCCAUGGACAACAUUGGGCACGUGGCCGGAGGUGGACAGAGGAGGAUUGAGAGCCACAAGCUGACGUUCCGUGAGACGGCCAAGGCACGCACUGACCACGGGGCCGAGAUUAUCUCCCUGGAAGACGACCCCCUGUCCCACCAGCUCAGUACCUUGUCCUCCUCCGGCUCCAUCAACAUGGCUGACUCACCGCAGCUCUCCACACUCGCCGACCAGGUAUCUGCCUCUCUGGCCAGCCAAGGCUUGUGAUUGGCUUGGUGGCACACGAUGGCCGACCGGAAGUCUCCUGACCGACCACACUACAUUGACCGCCCACGUCAGAGGAGUCAUGACGCCUGUCGCCUUCCUCCUCCUUUUCACGGGACUUUUUUAGCUAUACCCAUCACUGUUUCUCUUCCAUCACCGACUGUUCUUCUUCAUGAUGCAUUUAUUGUUAGAAAAGAGGUCUUAAAAAAAAAAAGAGAUUCAAGUCGGUCAAGUUAGAUGAUUUAAUUUCUCUCUUGAUCUAUUUUUGUCGUCAUUAUUUGUACCGGUUGUAUAAAUGGCCCUUUUUAAGAGUUUAAAGAGAACAAACAUCCAAACACACCCAGAAUCCUACAAGUGUUUCUGGACAUUAUAUUUGAACUUUCACCCAUAUUUAAUUCACUUUAACUCGAUAAAUCAUUUUACUGUCACAAUGACUGCGAUUCGAAGCCCUUAUUUUACAAAUGUCAAUUUUUGAUGUGCAAAUGAUCUGUGAUGGCUGUCUCCUGAAUGGCUUUUUGAUACAUGGAAAACAAGAGGUUUGAGAGAAAUGGGCCCCCUUUUACAAUGUAGUGAACAAGAAAACACAUCAUCCAUUUACAGGGUAGUAUGAGGCAAAGAAGUGAGGAAAGGUGGGCUCAUGUAGCAAAAGCUCUCAUUCAGACAGUAAAAUGCUUUUAGACCUCCCCAACUUGCUGUCUGCUUUGGGUGCCUCUAUACACUGCAUACCAAGGUAGUAUAGUUCAGAGGUAAACAUUUUCCUUCAUGGACAAAAGAAGAGGGAUACAGAAUGUUUAGCGUAGAAACCUUGGUUUGUGUUGGACACACUUUUCUAUUUGUAUUCUGUGGAUAUGACAUGUAUUUGAUAUGGAAACAUUUAUAUCGGGCCUGCUACUGUCAGUGUUAAUUUAUUUUCAAUAUUAUUCUGUUAUGGCUCUAUUGUAAAUGCGCUUCAGCUUUUGUCUUAUGCGGUGUGGCAGUUUACAUUUAACAUUUGUAGGCUACUAGUGACAAAAUAUUUGUUAAUGUUUAAAGAUGACAUGAAUUAGAGGGGAAUAGUGAAUUACUAAAUUAACAGGCUUAGCGAUGCCAGGCAAAUUGUCUAACCAAUUAUGGGUUGUCGUUUAAUGUAAGACACGUAAUUUCAGACUGAACUUCUCACUAAUUUGGCUUCAGAUCACAGUAAUGCAGAAGUUGGUAAACUCAUCCAUUUUUUUUUUUAUGACCGACGCUUUCUGAACUUUUAAUUUCAUGGACAUGGCUUUGUAAAAUGUAUAAGAUAACUGCCUCAUCAGUUGAGCAGCUAAGUACUAGAACCAAAAGUCAAUGCAAAAUACUGAAAAAACAGGCAGUCAAAGGAAAGUCAAAACACAGAAGAAAAAUUGCUGAACUGACAUGAAGAAAUCGGUUACAUUUAUCAUAAUAAACUCUGCAACACAUGUAGUCAAAUUAACAAGAUAUUUUAGGUAGACUCAGCAAUAUGACAUCAUCAUUCACAGUGGGGUAACUUCCUGCUUACACACAAUUCUGCCCGACUACAUUGCAGAUGCCUGCCAGAUGUCACAAUGCUUGGAUUGGUGUUAACUAUCAGCUAAACACAUCAUAUGAUUUAGCAAUCUGGUGCCUGACUGCACAGUUGAUGAUGUGGCACGCAAACAUUGGUUGAUGCAAUCCAACAACUGAGCAGGCGAGCACAACCAAUAUAGUGCGUUCAAGAAAAUCAGAAAAGAACAGACUGGGAAGAAUCUUGACGUCAGUGAUCUUCAGGUCAGACAAGUCGGAGCUCUAGGAUGAUGCCCGAGAUUCUGAAUUGUAAUUCCGAGUUGGAUGACCGUCCGUUCAAACCUAUUUUUCCCAGUGAGAGCUGUUUUUCCCCCCGAGUUCUCAUUUGUCUUGAGUGCACUAAAGUCGGAGAUUUCCGUGUUCAGAGUUGGCUGGAACGCACCAAAAGCAAAAACUCCAGUCGCCAAGACUGCCCCUAUUGGUUCUUUCAGGUUUGCACCCUCCCUUGAGGUAUGUCCACAUUGGGAGGAGCCAAUUUGCUGUUUUGGCAGAUUAGAAUUAUGUUAAUUGAUUUUUGUAAGCAGGAAGUUGCCCCGCUGUAUGUGAUGAUGCCAUGUUGCUCACUCUACCAUUUUAAGUUUUAAAAAAAUGUACCCUAAAAUGUUUAACCAUCUGUCACAUGGAGAAACGUACCUUUCGGAUAUAUUUAGAUUUAGGCCUACUAAUUGCCUGCGCACGAGCAUGCUCGUCACACUUUCCUCAACUUGUCUCACGGGUUAUAAAGCUAUGGUCCUUUCCCUGGAACGUAUACGACGGAAAUUUACGAAACUCUCUCACAUGCUCAAAUGGAUAAGUGUUUUAUCCUAAUGUAAACCCACCGUGGUUCACCAAUCACCACUAUAUUAUUCUCGUCAUUGAUUGCCUUCAUAACUCCGAGCCAACAUACCAUCUUAAAAGUCCUUGCAUGCAUUUCAUGUAAGAGUAAGCGGUGUGCCUCUCCUUUUACACUGUGCUUUCAUUGUACCUCCUGUAACAUCUGCUUUGUCUAUAUAAGGAUACAUGUAGGUAUUAGUGUGAGGGAAUAGAACCCUAAAGGCAACCCUUUCCUUUAUGUGGAGAUUAAGGCGCAUUGAUAACAUUAUACGACUUCCCAGUGUGUGUGUUUGACUUGUAUUGCCAAUAUAUAUUUCAUUGAGGACUCGGGAACUGGCCAGGGCAUUUGAGAAAAGGUGUGCUUGCAACACUACAAUCUGCAUGCUAAACUGUUGGUUACUUUUCAUCAUAAUGGACAACAUUUGUUUGAAUGUGUUAAAUGGGUAUGUGCACUGUGUUCUGUGUGGAUUACUGAGACUAGUAUGUUGGAGGGCAGGUGCUGAUAAGUUCCAGUACUCAAGGGGAAAAGUUGGGGAAAGGUAUUUUUGUUUGUUUUUUUGGUGGUCCUCUCCGCUGGCCUCUGUUCUGAGGUCAAUGGAAAGAGUUUGCAGUAACACAUUUCAUCGUCAUCCUUUUGUUAUUUUUGCCGCUGUACAGUUGUGUGGAAAAUGUGAUUGUUGAUAUUGUUAUUGUGCAUUUGAUCAAUAACUGGUGUAUGAUGAUUCUUGUCGCUGUGAAUUUAAAAAUAAACUGUUAAACCAUG